AUGAGCGAGGUUAUCAAAUAUAUAACAGAAAAGCUUACAGCGCCACCAUUCAAUCGUACCUUUAACUACAUAACUUUUGAUGGUUUGGAUGCUAGUCUAUUGCUUCAAAUACUCAGUGAUGUUCUUGGUGAACUUGAUCAGAAGCAUAAAAUUGACAUUCGAGAAGAGACACCAGAGCAAACUACAGUGAGGAUAUUGGAAGCUCUGAGAAUUCUUAGGUAUAAUGUUCCAACGGACUCUGGCGAAUUAACCAAAUUCUGUGAAGGUAUUGUGGUCGGUGAUAAGUUGUAUGUUUAUCCAAUUCUGGAAUCAUUGCUGAAAAAUUUUGAGGAGCACAAGAAACGGUUAUAUCUUUCCAAAUUUCUUAUGAAAGUCAGGAUUCCAUCGGAGUUCAUUCACGAUCCUGAAUUAAGCAAGUUGAAUGCGGAGCACGAGGCUCUAAUAGAAACCUUUAAAAAUGCUCAUAAACAAUUAGACUUAUUGAAAUCUGAGGGUAUAUCAACAACAGAAGUCAAAAAUGACAUUACGGCUAUGCAGGAGGAAAAAGACCAAAUAUUGCGAAGAAUAAGCAGAAUGAAGAAAAAGUUGGAGAUGUUUCCUACGAGUACACAGAUGUUAGAUAUGGCACGAAAGCUGCGAUUGGAACGAGAACGAGAGAAUAAGAUUGUGUAUCAGAUUCAGGAGCAAAGAACGAUGAUUCAAAAUAUUGAGGGGAAAAUCAUUGAGCUUCGUCAACACUCCAAUGAACUACACCGACGAGCUACUGAUUGCACGGCUGAGAAUCUCCUGCAUCGCUUAGAAGAGGAAGUAAAGGUGAACCAAUACCUUGCCACAGCUAAGCAGCCAAAGGAAAUAGAAGCUACUAGGAUAUACGUGGAAGACCUUACGAGGGUUGCAAAUCAUCCAGCCAUGACUCAUGCCUUUCUUGAUCAGCUUAAUCAAAAACUUAGGGAUGCUCAAUCGGAGACCAAUCGCUUGGUAGAGAAGCGCAUGGUGGCAACCGAUCCACUGGAGGAUAAGACUAGUCUUUUCCGCCAACAAGCGAGCAUCGCAGCAAACAGGAAGGAAGCAACAGCCUCAGCUUUGGCGGAAGCCCGAGAUAAGCACCUUGCUAUAACUAAGGAGCUCGCCGAGGUGCGUGAAAAGCAUGCUCGGAUACUUCAAAAGAUGUGCUGCACGGACUCCGCUGAUGCCGUCACUACCAGCACCUCUUUGCUUUCGGAUAGUGUCAACUUCACUUCUCGUCAGUUUAAAGCGGAAGACUUCCAGAAGUAUGUAUCAGAACUGCGCACAAAGAAUAAUGCCUAUAAAGAGAAGCGAGCAGUGCUCAAUAAUUUAAGAGCCGAAAGGGGCAUUUUGACCAGAACGUUGGAUAUCCUUAAAGAUGUCGCGCGACAGGCCAAAAAGAAACUGGACGUCGCUGAGGCAAUGCAGGGGAUGAGCGGUUAUUGGGACACAAUGGCAAAGUUAGAAAAGGUGUCAGAGGAGACAGCUGGCUUGAAUCAGCGCAAAGGCAGCGUUUUAGAGGAGAUGGCAUGCCUGGUGGGUCGACUAAAUCAACAAAUAAACUCUCGUCGAGACAAACUGGCUCCCCUCAUCCGUGAGCUCAGGCCCCUACGCGCCAAGGCUCAGGAGCUGACCCAGCUGCACACGGAGAAGAAGGCGCAAUACGAUGCAUUUGUGACCAGCCGAGAUGCGCAGACAUUACUUCUAGAGCAGGAAGUGCGCGUUUUGCGAGAGGAGGCACGAGUGGAAGAGUCGCGAUUCCACUAUCUCAACGCUGCUCUGGCCAUCCUCAAAGUUCAGCAAUUUCGUCUUCAGGAGGAAAUGCGCGGCUAUCUCACUUCUAGCAGCGGGGUGGCUAACGGCGAUGGGAUGACUAGUCUCACCAUUAAGCGACGCAGCUACCGGGACGUAUAUUUGAGGAAAAUAUCAGAGCAAGAGGCGCUGAUGAUGACCUUGAAAGAAGAGGAGAAGAACCUUGAUGCAAGUGAGACGACCAAUCUCCGACAGAUGAAAUUAUGGGGCGACGUGUCGACUCUUCUUGAGGCCAAGCUGGUCGCCUUUCGAGCAUUGGAGGCGAAAAAAGCUGCUGGUGGUGAAUAUGCUGACGUGCAGCGGUUAGAAGUCGACCGACUUUUGCUUUAA